GGCGCGCGGGACCGUGGCGCUUCCGGCGGCGGGAGGCGGCGCCGAGCGGGACCGAGCGGCGCGGGUGGCGGCCGGGGAGGCGGAUCUGGGACGAUGUCUGGGGAAGUGCCACCCAACAUUAACAUCAAGGAGCCUCGAUGGGACCAGAGCACGUUUGUCGGUCGAGCUAGUCACUUCUUCACGGUUACUGAUCCCAGAAACAUCCUUUUAACGAACGAACAGCUAGAGAAUGCGAGGAAAGUGGUGCAUGAUUACAGACAAGGAAUCAUUCCUGCCGGCCUCACGGAAAAUGAGCUAUGGAGAGCAAAGUAUGCGUAUGACUCUGCCUUCCAUCCUGACACGGGCGAAAAGAUGACUCUGAUAGGAAGAAUGUCGGCUCAGGUCCCGAUGAACAUGACCAUCACGGGCUGCAUGAUGACCUUCUACCGGACCACACCGGCCGUGCUCUUCUGGCAGUGGAUAAACCAGUCCUUCAAUGCCAUUGUCAACUACACCAACAGAAGUGGUGAUGCUCCCCUCACUGUGAAUGAGCUGGGAACGGCUUAUGUUUCUGCAACAACGGGCGCUGUGGCGACGGCCCUUGGACUCAAUGCCUUAACCAAGCGUGUCUCGCCACUGAUAGGCCGUUUUGUUCCCUUCGCUGCUGUAGCUGCUGCUAACUGCAUUAACAUCCCGCUGAUGCGACAAAGGGAACUCAAGGUUGGUAUUCCUGUCACUGAUGAAAAUGGCACUCGCUUGGGAGAAUCGACCAAGGCAGCAAAGCAAGCCAUCACGCAGGUGGUCAUCUCCAGGAUCCUCAUGGCAGCGCCGGGCAUGGCCAUCCCUCCAUUUAUCAUGAACACCUUGGAGAAGAAAGCCUUUUUGAAGAGGUUCCCGUGGAUGAGUGCGCCCAUUCAAGUCACGUUGGUUGGCUUUUGUUUGGUGUUUGCCACCCCACUGUGCUGUGCUCUGUUUCCUCAGAAGAGUUCCAUGUCUGUGACAAGCUUGGAGGAGGAGUUGCAAGCUAGCAUCCAAAGGAGUCAUCCUGAAAUACAACGCGUGUACUUUAACAAGGGCUUGUGAAGCCAAGACCAAGCACAGGAGCCAUCUGUGAGCCUCCUGAAGCCACUGCAGUGAGGACAUCCGUGUGCCAGGGCACUCCCAGCUACAAAAGCCUCUGCAAGAUCUACAUUAGAGUCAAGCUGCUGGUCAGGAGCCUGACAGUUGAAUCGUGUUGUAAUUUACAAAAA